AUGGACCGAGUCAACAUAAUGGUUUCUGAGAGGCCUGUGGUGAUUUUCAGUAAGAGUUCUUGCAUAUUAUCCUACACAAUCAAGUCUCUCUUCAAUGACUUGGGUGUGAACCCUACUGUCUAUGAGCUCGAUGAGAUAGCAAUGAGCAGAGAGAUUGAGCAGGCAUUGUCUGGGCUCGGGUGCAGUAUGGUCCCGGCUGUCUUCAUUGGUGGUAAGUUGGUCGGUGGAACUAAUGAGAUUAUGAGUCUUCAGCUGAAGAGGGAUUUGAAGCCAAUGCUCAUCAGGGCUGGAGCUUUAUGGGUUUGA